CAAAUAUGGCGGACGUAGGUGGGUCUUCGAUAGCAGAUGCUCAGGAAAAUGUAAAAAUACUCGAUGUUGAAGAGGAAUCGAGAGAACCUGAAGCCAAAAAGGCUAGGAUAGAUACACCUUCUAAAGAAUUAAAGUAUAAACUCGAGGAAAGAUUAAAUGGAAUUUUAUGUUGUUCUGUUUGUUUGGAUCUACCCAAACAUUCCGUUUAUCAGUGCUCAAAUGGUCACCUUAUGUGUGCUGGCUGUUUCGCACAUUUACUAGCAGAUGGCAGACUCAAAGACGAGACUUCAACAUGUCCAAAAUGUCGAUGUGAAAUCAGCAAAAAUCUAUGCUCCCGUAAUUUAGCAGUAGAGAAUGCAGUAUCUGAGCUGCCAAGUGACUGCCAAUUUUGUGCAGUGCAACUGCCAAGAAGUGCCAUUGAGCACCAUGAGAGUCAAAUGUGUCAAGAAAGAAUAGUGACUUGUCGUUUUGUUCGCAUUGGUUGCCAGUGGAAGGGGCCUUUCCAUGAACUCCAGAAUCAUACAGACAUAUGUACGAGACCUGAUAGUAAGGGGUCAGAGGUCAUGGAAGCGUUGGAGUUUAUUGAUCAGAAACGAUCAGAAGAAAGCAAACUCUUUGAUAACAUAUUCAACUUGUUAUCAUAUGAAAAAAUCACAUUCAAUGAUUUACAGCUCCGACCGUAUCGAACAGAUGACUUCAUCACUCAACUUUACUACGAGACCAGUAGAUUCACAGCUUUCAACUACCAAUGGGUGAUCAAGGCACGAGUUGAUGGUGAUAAAAAGGAUCCUGUACAGACAUGUUCUCGAAGCCUAAGCUACCAAUUGGUCCUUAAAAGCAAAGUUAACGCCCCAUUGAGCGUUCACUUUGUAGCACUUAAAGGGCCAUAUGGUGAUAUGGAUGUAAAGCCCCGUAUUUGUCAGUUUGAGUUUGGGGGAGAGAAGGGAAUGGAAACGGAGUAUCAUGAUCUUCUAUUGGCAACUCCAUCAGACUGUAACAAAGUAUUAGCUGCUAAAACAAUGAAUAUGCGCCUAAUUCUUUUUCAAAUUCCUAAAUAACUUAAACAUAACUAUUUAUAAGUAUCUUUUUGAUGAGAUCUGUUUAUCGGCCAGUCGAUUCCCCAAACAAAAAAUAGAAGUGCUAACACUUAAAAUCUGUGGUAUAAAUAUUACAUACGUGUAUAUUAUGGUAACUCUGUUAUAACCUAUAUACAGUAAAACCUGUAUGUAGUGAACACGUAUAGAGCCACAUUUAAAGUGUGGUAUUUUAUUCAGGAGUAUAUGUAAAAUGUGUUUUGCAGCGGUACUCACUAAACACAUGUGUUCACUAGAGAGGUGUUUACCAAGACAGGUUUUACUGUAUUAUGGUCACUUUGUUAUUCCUUUUAACAGCUAUUGUUGGAAAUAAGCAUGCAAAAAUGAAAACAAAAAACACUAAAAUGCAUAUAAAAAUAAUUUAACUUUGAUGUACAAUAACUAUAAUCAAAAAAUUGUUAAAUGUUAAAAUUGAAAAAUUCCAACAAAAAUGUUAUUCAAUUUGAGUCACCUGUGAAUAUUUGGUAUACCUGAUUUUCCAAGAAAAGUGCAUUGUAGAAAUAGCAGAAUAUACUGUACUGUCUCUAUGCGAUUUGUACUUGU